AUGGCCAACAACGUCUUUGCCGUGCCCGUCUUCAUCGUCGUCUUUCGCGAGUCCCUCGAGGCCGUCAUCAUCGUCUCCAUCCUCCUCGCCUUUCUCAAGCAGACCCUUGGCGGCCCUGAUGGCGAUGCCCUCGCUUACAAGAAACUUCGCAGACAGGUCUGGCUCGGUAGUCUGAUUGGCUUCUUCAUCUGCCUCGUCGUUGCCAGCGCCAUCAUCGGUGUCUUCUACACCGUCGGCCGCUCCUCCUGGUCCCAAAAUGGCCUCUACUACGAGGGCGCGUUUUCCCUCUUUGGCUCCAUCAUCAUCACCAUCAUGGGCGCCGCCCUUCUCCGCGUCACCAAGAUGCAGGACAAGUGGCGCGUGAAGCUCGCCAAGGCCGUCGACAACCCGCUGCGCCUCGGCGGCCGCAAGGGCAUCGUCAAGCGCUUCAUGGAAAAGUAUGCCAUGUUUGUUCUCCCCUUUGUCACGGUCAUGCGCGAGGGCAUCGAGGCCGUCAUCUUUGUCGCUGGUGUCUCCUUUACCGCUCCGGCGACGGCGUUUCCUCUACCUGUCGUCUGCGGCCUGCUUGUCGGCGGCAUCGUCGGCUACAUUCUAUACCGUGGUGGUGCCGGCGCCAAGCUGCAAGUCUUCCUCGUCGCCUCCACCUGCCUGCUCUACCUCGUCGCCGCCGGCCUCUUUUCCCGCGCCGUCUGGGACUUUGAAAACGCCAAGUGGAACAAGGUCGUCGGUGGCGACGCUGCCGAGGUUGGCAACGGCCCGGGUUCCUACGACAUUGAUAGCAGCGUCUGGCACGUCAACUGCUGCGGCCCAGAAGCACCCGGCUCCGAAGCAUGGGGCAUCCUCAACGCCAUUUUUGGUUGGACCAACUCGGCUACCUACGGCUCCGUCAUCUCCUACAACGUCUACUGGAUCUUUGUCAUUGCCGCCUUCCUCAUCAUGCGCUUCCGCGAGUCCACCGGCCGCUACCCCUUUAUGAAGGCAAAGCCCAAGGCGGCCGACUCGGACAGCGACCGCAACAGCACGAGCGCUGGCAGCAACACCGGCGUCGUCGAGGCCAAGACGCCUAUUCGCGAACAGACCAAUACCGUUCCCGCUACUCAGUAA